CAUGUGAUUUUCAUCAAUUUCUGAAUCGCAAUGCUUGGAAAUGUCUUACUGUUGGAUAUUGCCUUCAGGUCAGCGGAAUUCGAUCACACACUUUAUCCAUGCUUGUGAAUGAUUCUCCUGGGGUUCUAAACAUUGUUACAGGAGUUUUUGCUAGAAGGGGCUAUAACAUUCAGAGUUUAGCGGUAGGACAUGCAGAAGUUGAAGGACUUUCAAGACUUACAACUGUGGUUCCCGGGACAGAUGAGACAAUCAGCAAGCUGGUGCAGCAACUCUAUAAGCUAGUAGAGCUGCAUGAGGUACGUGAUAUCACCCACUUGCCAUUUGCUGAACGAGAAUUAAUGCUAAUAAAGAUUGCUGUAAAUGCUGCUGCACGGCGUGAUGUCCUCGAUAUCGCCAGCAUAUUCCGGGCCAGAGCUGUUGAUGUAUCUGAUCACACAAUAACUUUGGAGCUCACUGGAGAUUUGGACAAGAUGGUUGCAUUGCAGAGAUUGUUAGAACCAUAUGGAAUUUGCGAGGUGGCACGAACAGGGCGCAUUGCUCUAGUCCGUGAGUCAGGUGUGGACUCUAAGUACUUGCGUGGAUAUUCCUAUCCUUUAUAAGUUCUUCACCUCCCACCGCCACUUUCUUUCAUAUUCGCUACAAACAAAAUUUUGGAUGCUACUUGUUUCAACUUAAAUUGCUUAUAUUACUGUCAUACUAUGCACCUAUGUUUCCAAAUAUUUUAAAUCUUAUACUCGAUUUAAUAUGUACAAAUAUACUUUAAAGUAAAAUUGCUGUAAUUAGGUGUUAAGAGAUAUUUAUGGAUUAUUU